AGAUACUGGAAGAGGCUACAAAAGAAUGUGUAAAAAUUUCACUGCGCGGACUUUUUGUAUCCAGAUCAGAUGUUUUUCUGAUAAUCCCAUUCAACUUCUAACUAGGGAGCUGUAGUGUCAGUAAUGGCAUAGGGAACUUGGAUGUUUCUCUGCUGACUUGUUACAGCACCUGCAUUUGUCUCUAGAAUAACUCGUGAGUCAGAUUUUCAGAAAAGCUCAGUGUUUCUGUAGACUCCAAUGUUUGAGCCAAUUUUCUAAUGUGUGCUUACAGUAUAAAAAGCUUUUCUGAAAAAAAUCUAGUCGUUCUCCAGCUGCCCGAACAAUAGUCCAGAUUCUCCUGUCUUUAAAUGCAGCUCCUUGUGGGGGGCUGUAUGCAAACACUGUUACUGCGAGAGAGUCUUCACUGCCUUGCUCACUGGAGAGGCAUGUCUGACUUUCAUAAAUCAGCUGCUAUAAUUUUCAUUGCAGUUUCUCUAGGAUUUCACAAUUACUGAGAGCUCAUUGGGCUUCUCUGCCUUCUGUGCUACUGUUUUCUUGUCAGUGCUGUGGUGUGGGAAGAAGACUGAGGGCAGGUAAGAGCACUUCUGCUGGGCUGUAGGCUAUGGGCGGUGAGUCAGUGGCAGCGAGAGAAUCCAGACAUCCAGUCCUUGCUUUAUCCAGAGUUUCAGGUUUGUGCAGCUACUGGAAAUGACCUUCUGUGCUUUUGAGUGUAUUCACCCUGAGCUUGUGACAUUAGCAUAAAAGUAAUAAUAAGUGAGAUUCCUAUUCAAAGGAAAAGUGUAUGCAAUUUCACAAGCUUUGUGGGGAUUGUUGUAAGCCUGCAUUAACUUGCAUCGAAUCAGGCAAAACCCAUUCUGUCAGGAAGCUUGCACUUCCUCUGCUGCUGGAAAGAUGAAUGUCAUGUCUUUGAAUCUCUAUGCCAAUUAUUUUUGCUUUAAAACUUUUAAAAAGUAUGAAAGACAUAUCUAUUUCCUUCCUGUCCAACGAAGAUUUUUUUUGUAUCCAGUAUCAGUAUGCAGGUACACACAAAAAAUAGUCAGAAGCAUGAGGCUGCAUACUGAAUCCUCCCUCUGAUUCUUGAGUUACGUAAUUUUGUUUUCCAUUAUUUAAGAUGUACUGUGAUAUCUAUCAUACAUUUUUCAGUAAUCCCAGACAGGCUGUACUUAGCAUCUUGAAAUUUUCAUUCAUUCUGCUAUUUCUCAUUUUUUUUCCAUUAGCAUUAUUAUUCAGUAACUUUCUUACCUUUAUGUAGUUUGUCUUUCCCUCUCUUGUGAGUGGGCUGUGUCCUCAAUAGGUAGUCAGAUAAACUGCAUCACGGGGGGAUCUAGCUCCUAGUAACCUUGUUAGAAAGGGUGAAAAUGCCACCUUUGAGACCUAUGCACUGUAGAAGGAUGAAGCAUAAUUUUAAUUGUUCUGUUCAAAGUAAAGUCUGCAACCCUCACUCCUCACCAUUCCUCCCACCACAUACACAGUCCUGCCUGAAACACCCUGGAGGACUCCAGAAAGAUGAAUGUCUCCUUCUCUUUUUGCUGCCCGAUUUGGAAAGAAAAAGCCAGUAAGUCAGGGUGUGUAUGAAGUGGCACUCUGUCAGUGGCACUCAUCAUUUGAUCCCAGAUCAUCUGCUCAUGUGGCAAAUGUUAAAUGUGCAUAGUUCUUGUUAUGGCUCCUUGUGUCAUCCAUACUUUCCUUCUCUCCUCCCUGGCCAAGUUAGGGUUAGAGAUAACAUAGUCCAGAAGGAGUUUGCAUGUGUGGAACUUCAUAACAGAGGUACAACUUAUUUUAGUUACAAUUCAUUAUAUGAGGCAAAUCAGAGUGCUUUUGGAGGAACCCUGAAGUUCAAGCUGCCCAUAGCUAUACAUAAUUACCUAUUGCAAAUAAGGGGUGUGUGGCACUCGGAAAGUAACUUACCAGCAGGCAGCAUGGAGAGGUUACAUAUGUAGGCAGGUUGUCGGUGAUGCUUGUGAAGCAGUAGCUUUGACUUCUUCUGUGCAUUAACAUGAAAUACUUGAAGACAGUCUUUGUAUGUUUAUCUAGCAAUAAGAAAAAAGUAAAAUAGUUUGGAAAACUAAUAACUGAAGAAGCAGAUAAUCCUAUACUCCUACAAAUGCACUCCUAUAUUUAAAGAUUAACAGCACAAAUUUACAUUAGUACGAAAUCUGAAUUAUUCCAUUCACUGUCAAUGUAUUGUACAGAGAAGCUGGCCCUGAACUGGAGACGUAUCUUUUGAGGGCUCACAGAAUACAUGAAGCUCUCAAAAACAAUUUUGAUAACUUUCUUAUCUUGUUUGACUAUUGUGAAGUUGAUGGCUCUUUUCUAUUUCUCCAGAAAAGAAAAGAAGGGAAAAAAAUUACCAUCUCUGGCUAUUUUAUCAUUACACUUAUUUCUAGUCGCCAUGGAAACCUAUGUGGUGCUCCACAACCGCGUAACAUUUUGAUAUGUUGCAUAAACCAGAUGGAGGGAAGGUUAGGUUCUGCAUCUUGCCCAUUACCCAAUUAAAAAUUGCUUGCAAAUCACAAAUUGUUGUAGAGUAACUUUUAGAGUAAGAGAGAAAGAAAUGAAGGUAAACAAGAUAUUAUGACCUGAUCCUCCAUUUUUGUGCAUAUAAUUCUGCCACACAGUUUGAUUCUGAUAGGCAUUGACAUUGAUUCGGAAGAGUUCAUUGCUUUUACUAGGGUUAUAUGGAUUAGUACUAUGGAAUCUGAGAGUAUAAUAGUAAACAGUUAGUCAAACCGACUCUGACAAAGUUUUAAACUUGCCAGAGAUGAAGUAACAGUCCCUCCUUUAUAAUUUAUAUAAGCAAGCUUUUUGAAAGUCAAGAACCUUAUAACUUUAUCUUUCUGUCUUCACUACAAAGGAAGAAAUACAUAUGAAAGUUUGUUUCCUCUGAAAAAGUACAGUAAUUUUAUCUACCUGCCUCUUUAAGAUUUCUGUUUCUUUACUCCAAGCUUUAUUAACUUGAACUCGAAGGCACGUGAUCUUACUGAGACAGCAGAAGGAAUACACAGAGAGAGCCCAAUCUUUUUCUCUGACCAGAGCCAACCCAUGAAGAGUGAGUGCUCUCAGCUGCAUACAAAAUACUGUGGAAAAAAUGUAUGCCAGUCGAGAGGAUAUUGGAUAUGAUUUUGGAGAUGACUCAAAAGCUGGAAGUAAGCCAAUUAAGCCUAAUCCAAACAUCGAUGGAGGAUGGGCUUGGAUGAUUGUAUUUUCCUCUUUCCUUGUGCACAUACUUAUCAUGGGGUCCCAAAUGGCCCUUGGAAUACUCAACAUGGAAUGGCUUGAAGAGUUUAAUCAAAGUCGUGGCUUAACAGCAUGGGUUAGCUCUCUUAGCAUGGGCAUUACACUUAUUGUAGGUCCUUUCAUUGGUUUAUUCAUUACCAUGUGUGGGUGCCGCAAAACAGCAAUAAUUGGAGGGAUAUUGAAUGCCCUAGGCUGGAUAUUGAGUGCCUACGCCUCAAAUGUGCACUACCUCUUCCUUACAUUUGGAGUGACAGCCGGCAUCGGGAGUGGCAUGGUUUAUCUGCCUGCAGUGGUCAUGGUAGGACAAUAUUUUCAGAAGAGAAGAGCACUUGCACAAGGACUCAGUACCACAGGAACAGGGUUUGGAGCUUUCUUAAUGACAGCCUUACUGAAGUACCUCUGCAGGGAAUUUGGGUGGAGAAAUGCCAUGUUCAUCCAGGGUGCAAUCUGCCUGAACCUUUGUGUCUGCGGGGCACUUAUGAGACCACUUUCUCCCAAAGAUGUUAAUGAGAAAUAUGCUGUAAGACGUAAUAGUGAAGAUAAUCGGGCAAAAGCUCUGUCCCAUUCUGCAGAGACUAUAAAAUCCAAUGGAGUCCUCAGUGAAGAACCAGAAAAAAAAGAAGUGAUAAAAAAUGAAGAAGUGCUUGAUGAUAUUAAGCACAUAGAAAUUGGAGGUAACUCUCGGAUUGGAAAGAGCAUGUAUGGACUGCGCAUUCUUAAGACAGUGAGCCAGCUGACAGUUACAGUCAGGAAGGGCUUUGGAAUCUGGUACUCCAGUUACUUUGGAGCUGCAUCACUGUUCACCAACAGAGUAUUUGUGGCCUUUAUAAUCUGGGCUUUGUUUGCCUAUAGCAGCUUUGUCAUUCCCUUCAUUCAUCUUCCAGAGAUAGUCAAACAGUACGAUUUAUCUAGUCAGAACAAUAUAUUUCCUUUGACGUCCAUUAUAGCAAUUGUUCAUAUUUUUGGUAAAGUGAUCCUUGGAAUCAUCUCUGAUCUCCCUUGCAUCAGCACUUGGAAUGUCUUCCUCAUGGCUAACUUCACCCUGGUCACCUGCAUUCUUACUUUGCCACUAAUGCAAACAUACAUUAGUUUGGCUGUGGUUUGUGCUCUAAUAGGAUUUUCUAGUGGCUAUUUUUCUCUAAUGCCUGUUGUGACUGAAGAUUUGGUUGGAACUAAACACCUUGCAAAUGCCUAUGGCAUCAUCAUUUGUGCCAAUGGAAUAUCUGCAUUGCUUGGACCACCUUUUGCAGGUUGGAUCUAUGACAUCACACAUAAAUAUGAUUUUUCUUUUUAUAUAUGUGGCUCACUAUAUAUGGUGGGAAUAUUAUUUUUAUUUAUACAACCUUAUAUUGGAAAGAAACAAUCACAAGAAAAAUCUACCGAAGAGGCACAAGUAUAGAAUGAAUUCCAGAUUUUUUUUUGUUUUUAACACAAUUUAUUUCUUUCCAGGUUUCUAUUGCAUGCAGUUUAAAGCUGUUUUUCUUAAGGAACCAACCACAUUGAGCUUAAGUACUUCUGCGAAAGGAAACUGUGCAUCAAGAUUAUGAGAAUUCAUUAGAAAUAUGGUUUUAAAAUGACUUAAGAUCUUUCACUUUAGUACAAACAAUUAUAGAGUUUAAAAGCACACUGACAGUCUUAAAAUUGGAGCGAUGUUAGAAAUAUUUACUUUUGAUUCUCUUAACUUUUCACCACUAACCUUUGGUGAAACUCCAUUGACUGCAGUGCAGUUACUUCUGAUUUACACAAGUCCUGUAAGAUAAUUUGAUCGGGAUGCAAAUGAUUUAUAAAAAUCUGUCCUACUAAGUAUCCUAUCUGAGUUAGUGCAUAUAAGAAAAUGAUUGUAUUUCUUACCUGGCGAGUCAAGUACUGCUGAAAUGCUAAUACAACACUUCAAUGAGUUCAAUAUAUGAAAAUUCAAGACUCUGUGAUGCAAAGCUGAAGAAGAAUUCUUAUGUUUUUCUGAAAGGGCUCUCUACUUGAACGAUUUUUUAUUUUUAUUUUUAAUUAUCAAGUGCAUGAUAAAUUAGCCAUCCUCAAUAUGUGGGCUGUAUUAUACGUGCUCUGACACUUAAUGCACCUGAAGGAAAAGAAACAGAAAAGCAAAACCAGAAAACUGAUGGAAAACAUUAAUUUGAUUCUUCAACAGAAAUGAUAAGCAGCAAAAGCUGAUGAUCUAUUACACAGUUCCACAUGCAUGAGUUACCACAUUCAGAUAGACUGAUUUCUGAUUUCAGAUUCAACUUCUCCAGCAGUUACUCAUGAUUUAUGUUGAUGGGAUUGAGAACAGAAUAUGGAGCUGUGUAUACAGUUUUUUAGUUCUGCUCACUGAAAUUCAGCUCUAUUAUUGUGGACAACAUCCAACGUAUGUUGGAUUUCACUGUAGCUGUGUUAACUGUCCUAGAGCUGCUGAUCAUACCUGUAUCAGGUAGAGAUACCCGACAUGAGAAGAAAAGCUUUCUGUAUUUUUAGAAAUACAGAAAUUUUUGUUUAUGCUUUGAAAAGUUAAACUUGAUCUGAUUCUUGUCUGUGGUCUUUUAUGAUGGAGAAAUAAUUUAUUUAAAUGAACAAUAGUCCCUUCAUUGUAAAACAAAACAAAACAAACCAGUACAUUUAAGGGAGCAAAUGCUAUUGUUAUGGCAUAUCCAGGUUCUUACAGGUUCUUAAGCCUGCCUUGUUGUUUGAGACCUUACAGUGAAAACAUUGAACCACAAACUGGAAAAUAUUUCCAGAAACAGUUUGACCUUUCUGGCCGCUGUCUGGCUGGGACAAGUAAGACGAACUAAAGAAAUAGAGCUGGGCAAAACUGGCCAAAUAUAGUGUAAGAAAAAACUGAACUACAGCAUGCUAAGUUUUGUUACAAUUAACUUCAGAAUAAAAAGUGUGGAAUUAUGAA